UUCUUUUCUAUUCAUUCUUUCAUAAAAAUAAAAUAAAAACAGAUUGGCAAAGUGAGGAAGACAGGACAUAAAGUAGCAUUAGGAAGCUGUCAAAUUACACUUCCCCUCCUUUUCUCUUUUAAAAAAUCUAACCAAACAAAACUGGUCCCAAACUCUAACAACUAUAUAGAAUCAAAGUUCUAAACUUCUAUCUUUGUUUUCAAUAUGAUGAAUAAGAGAGCUCCACCACCCUCUGCUGAUCUUCUUGUUUGUUUUCCAUCAAGAGCUCAUCUAUCACUAAUGCCAAAACCCUUAAACAGUCCAAUUCGUUCAUCCGAUUCUUCCAACAAGAAAAACCACUUUCCCCGCCGCAACAACCGCCACCACCACCACAACCACAACCACAACCACCGCCGCCGCCAGGAAAGCCCAAUAUUAUGGGCUAAGACAAAAUCCACCUCCGAUGUCUCAGAACCCACAUCCCCGAAGGUGACUUGCGCCGGGCAGAUUAAAGUUAGACCGAAAAGCAAGAAUAAUUGGCAGUCUGUUAUUGAAGAAAUUGAGAGACUUCAUGGUGGUAAAAGAAAACAGAGCAUCAAGAACACUUUUCUAAACUCCUCUGUUUUCAAGAAAGAAGCCAUGCAUUUCAUGACAUGUCUUCGCGGAAUUAGGCUUAAUUUUCGAUGUUUAGGAUCAUUCUCCACUACAGCCAUGACAUCUGACGACGACGAUGAAGAAGAUGACGUGCCCGAGACACGACAUCAUUGGGCUGAUCAUUACGAAAGCGAACGGUGGGAAGAUUCAAGUUUUGGUCCUCCGCCGCCGCCAAAUGCUUUGUUAUUAAUGAGGAGUCGAUCUGCUCCAGCCAUAAGCUGGCCGGAGGAGAUAGGAUUAGAAGAGAAAGAAGAAGAGAAUUCGAAAAAAACAAACAGUUUGGAAGCGGUUAUGAGACAUGACAUAGAUUUCUAUAUGAAUUCGGGUGAUAUUGUGAAGGAGACUUGGAUGGUUGGCAGGCCGAAUCCGAAUCCAAGAGAUCAACGACUCCUACAAAGGAGCCGAAGUUGGAAAAGAUGAAACCGGAUCCAAGAGAUCAUCGGCUCCUUUGUAGGAGACAAAAUUGGAAAAGAUGAAGUUGGGUGGAAGUUAUUAUGGGUAUUUUUGCCUCUUGCUUGUUGAAUUAUUAAUCGAUAAAUAAAUUGGGGGCACUCUAAUUUGGUUGUGUGAUUUGAGAAAUAUGUAAAUAAUUUUGUACAGCCUUUUUCUUUUGUGAGUUUUUAAAUUUCAGUCUAUGAUGUUUUAUUUGAUUCUUCACAUCAUGGAAUUGAAGCAAUCAUAAGUAUUAUCUAUUUCAAAUAAUAAU